AACAACCAACCAGCCAGCAUCCUCCCCCACCCACCUCUUCACUCUACCGCCACACAAAACUUAGAAGUCUUUUUUUUUUAAACUGCGACGCUUAAGUGAGCUCCAACUUGAUUUGGUAGAUUAAGAGGAUAAAUCGUUUCCCUGAGCUCCAGUGAAGGCACGACGUGGGGAGCUCGUGCCUUCAAGAGCCGAGUGUACACAGUGACAUUGCGGGGUUGCGCAGCAGUUUGCGUUUGCGGAGGGUGAUUGACGAAAAAGUUCGGAUUGUGUCGUGCCAAGUGUGCCAACGCACACGUAGCAGCUCUCGAUCCUGCAGUGGCCCUGCCUGUGCGCACUGCACCCGGGAUUGGCGGUGAACCCGUCUGCUGGAGGUGCGGGGCAUGCGGGAUGCGUGGGAAUGGGGGCCGUGGGAACGAAGCCGCGAGCCCCGAAGUCAAGAGAUUCCAGGAGGCGCAGGGACGAGGUGAGACCCCGUAUCUCGGCCCCGCUGGCCUUCCUCUCCUCGCUCCCCGUGAGCGCCGAGGCCGCCCUCCUCCAAACCGCAUCCCCGGGUAGUGGAGGGACCCCUCCGAGUUGCGGACCCUGCGCUCGCCCCCUGUCCACUCCCGAGCCUAGCAGCACAACUCGGGAUGACUUCGACGGCGCUUAUGACGGAGACGGCGACGACGAUGACUGCGAUGAUGAUGACUGUGACGAUGAUGACGACGACGACGAUGAUGAUGAUGAAGAAGACAGCGGUGGGGGUCCCAGAUCGUUAUUGGGGGACCUCCUAUCCCCCACCGAGCGCAUCCCAGACGUGGUGUGGACGCGCGUGUUCGCCCUCCUGCGCGCGCGCGACCUGUGCGCGUGUGCGCGCGUCUGCAGCCGCUGGCACCGCCUGGCCUGGCAGCCGGCACUGUGGUGCCACGUGGCCCUGGACGGGACCGUGCCGAAUGCGGACCUGGCCCUGGAGGCCAUCGCUGCGAACCUACGGGGCGCGGAUGGGGAGGGCUUUGCGCCCGCGGAAUCCACUCCGCUCCCCACCCGUGGCCGAGCCGUGGUCCCGGCACCGCUGAGCGAAGCGGUGGUGGCGGCGCGCGGUGCGGGCAGGAGAGCGAGCUCCCACGACGCGUACGGAGCGGUCAUCAGGGCCUGGCCCGACGAGACGCGGCGAGGGGGCCAAGGGGGGCGAGGGGAGCUGUCCCCUAACUGGAGCUCGGCGACUUUGGGCGGCUUCUACCGAAACUCGGCGCACACCCUUACCAUGCCUCGCAAGAGCACCGGAGUACGGAGGAACUUCAGCCACGGGGACUUCUCUUGUUGUGGGGACCCAAGAUUCAACAACAAAAGCCAUGCCACCACCGGUCCGACUACUGCCACCACCGACACCAUCACCACCGGCGCCUUCGCAACUGCAUCCGCCACGCUGCAGGGCCGCAGGCGCCGAGUAAACCACGGAGACUCCCUCUCCCUGAGCUCCCCUCCAGCACACAGGGGCUGGGACUGUUGGACGCGGGGCAGCAGCGAUCGGUGGCUUCCCCGCGUGUCCGCCCACCUCGGGGACGAGGAGGCGUGGAACGACACGGCCGCGUGGAGCGCCCGCCAAGAGCUGGUGCUGAGCGGCCCGCGGGUGCUGGUCCUCAGCGGGUGCGCGUCGCUCACGGACGCGGGGCUGCGAACCGUGGCCUCGAGGUGCAGCGACCUGCGCCGCCUGGAAGUGUCGGGCUGCGGCGGCAUUACGGAGGAGGGACUGCGGGAGGUGGUGCUGCAGUGCCGGAGCCUGCACCAUCUCGACGCUUCUGACUGCCCUUGCGUCUGUGGCCUGGGCCUCCACACCAGGGCCGACCACAUGGCUCUGAGGGCGCUGCCGGCCGUUUCCUGCGGCGCCUCCCUCUCGCUACGGCGCCUGGACCUGAGCGGCUGCCCAUCCCUGGAGGCGGCUGCCCUGCGCUCCCUGGCCGUGCACUGCCCGAACCUCACGCACCUCUACGUGCGGCGGUGCCCUGCUCUGGGAGACGGUGCGCUGCGCGCACUCGCCAGGGGCUGCCCUCGCCUGCGCGCAAUCAGCUUCAGCGACUGCCCUUUGCCGUCCGACCUCGGGUUGCGGGAGGUGGCUGCCGCGCUGGGCGCCCGCCUGGCUUACCUGGGCGCGGCGCACUGCGGCCGCAUCACGGACGGCGGCAUGCGCCACCUGGGCCAGAGGUGUCCGGCGCUGCGCUACGUGAACGUGCGCGGCUGCGAGGCGGUGACGGACGCCGGGGUGGGAUCUCUGGCCCGGGGCUGCCUGGCGCUGGCCGCGCUCGACGUGGGCUCCUGUCCGCGAGUCUCCGACCUGGGGCUCGUGACGCUGGCGGCCAGGCAGCCCGGCUUGCGCUGCGUGGGUCUUCGCGGCUGCGGAGCCGUGAGCGGCGCGGGGCUGCGCGCCCUGGCCGACGGCUGCCCGCAGCUGCGGCGCCUCUCCGUGCAGGGCUGCGACGUGGCGACCGCGGAGUCGCUGCGCUACGUGCGGCGGCGGUGCCCGGCCUGCGUCAUCGAGCACACGAACCCCGACUUUGAGUCGUGAUGCGUGGAGGGGGAGGGAGGUUGCGUGUGGCACGGUUUGAGAGACACGGGGGUCCUGUGCCUCUCACCGCAACCCGUGUUGAGAUGUUGGGAUGGACUGCAGAGAGAGUGUCUGUGCCCGGUGCGUGCUGUUGGCGAGCGCGUGUUGAGGCCGUGUCGCGCGAUAGGAAUUCCCCCAAUGGCACUUCGUCUGCCCGGAUAACCUUCCCCCGCAUUUUUGGCAGAUCUUACUUCUCCCGCAUGAUUGGCUCACCAUUGGUCCUGUGCGCUGAUAACAAUUUGGAGUGGAUUGAACUCUAACUCUUGUGAGAACAUGAGGACAUCGAAUCCUAUUCCGAACCCCCCUCCCUUGGUGCUUUCAUCGCACACAACUGCAAGGGACAUGGGCGUUCAUACGAUUAUGCAUAUACACAUCUUGGGUUGUAAAAGAGAUGUCGUACUCACUGAAAAAUAAGUUUAUUUUAUAACCUCUUUAGCUAUAUUUUAAAAAAUCACGUCAGUAAGCUGUUGUGGCAUCAUGGCGAGUCUGUGCCAGGCUAAGUGCCCUUUGAGGUUGCGUGAAAUUACAAAGGCUCGCUGUCAUGUGGUCACGGGAUUGACCCAUGCAGGUGUUAAAGAGCAACUGGCAGAUGCAUCACGCCUACCACACACACAUUUGCAUGCACACGAAUAUCUGCACUCACUAAACUGCACACACUCCAUAUUGAGGUGAUGGACAUAGACACGUGUAACUAACCUACUUUAUAUUUCAAAUAUCAUCAAGGAUACUGCCUGCUCAAUAUAUUCUUUUCACUAAGCUCCUUUGAAUUUGACAGCUGUAAAUUGAUAUCCGACUUGAAGUAAUGGGAUAUAAUUCAGACGACACGGGCACGGGUGGGAAAUUUUUUAAUGUUAUUUAGCAUUCUGAAGUCACAAGCCGCAUUCCAUCUAUUAAUUACAUCUCUUGAAAGGAAACAUCCGUGAUAUUUUGUAUGAUUCUCACGAAGGAUGCCUGUGGUUUUACGAGUCGCAAAACAAUACUGUUAAUUCUGUGCAGUAUUUUAGAUUAGGGUUUUAUCUCAAAAGGGCCAUAUACUGUCGUUGUUAUCCGAGGGAGAUUAAUGUCAUUAAUAAUAUACAUGUACAAGGAUCAUCUUUAACAUAAGAUACACGUACUGUAUAUAAUUUUCGGGUAACUUUUCAGUUGACACUAAUGUUUAGGUGAUAUUAUUAUGACGUAGCUUAAACACAUACAACGUUGCUCGUAUGUCUUAAAAUUAGAUGUUACGCGUUACGAACACACGUGCGUGGGUGGCAAGCGAUGUUAGUUUAAAUAUAACCAACUGUUGGAAGGAGGCCUCCCCACGCCGUGUGUCAGUCACGGGUCAAAUUUGGCCAUACUUCACCAAGCUGGUCAGCAAGGAUUGCUGAAGGAAGACGCAGAACUGAUUGGGCUGUCACUCGCUACUGAUGAUAUCAGUGGAAGUUAUUCAUGUCAAAGCGGUUCAGUCAAAUAAUUGAAUUAACACGUACGCUUCCGUUCGAUAUCUGCACGUAAAAAACGAGGUAUAUAUUUUAGCCGAUUGGCCUAUUGGUCUCUCGAACUUAUGUUCACGAACAGCAUUUGUUUAAGCACACAAUCUCUGGAGCGAUACUGUUCUUCUGUGGCUUAUCGGUAGAGUCAGGGGUGCUAAACAAAUGCUGCUGGAUGGCAGCUGAAUCUGAUUUAUGCGUUACUUAUUUAUUGUAUACAUCAUAGUUAAACAAAAUCAAUGUUAUAUGCAACACAGGCGUUUUGAAUACUACACACUGCCGUAUAAAUAGCUAACAGUGGUACGCUGAACAUGUUCCUGUUGAAAGCACCGAUUACGGAUGCGUAUUUUAUGCAGCCACCAACAAUGAGAUACGCAGUUUAUAUGUUAAUGGGAACAAUGCAAUUCAUCAGCUGGUCAUAUAACAUUGAAGGUGUUAAUUAGGGGUGUAACGAUUCAUUAAUAUAACUCCUCACCCUCGUUCGAUUUAGUGUCGUCUCCUUAAUAUUUCUCUUAGUUGCUGUCUCGUUUGCGGUUUUACUCGCCCCAUUAGCCUAAAUGUAACAACGACAAUUUGUUUUUGAAAUCUAAAAGUAUCGAUUUUUGGACGUGGAGGAAUUCGACGCGCGUGUCGUGAGACUUAAACGUCGCUUGUUAAUCGAUGAUUCUUGCAUUGUUACCGUUUCUCGGUGUUCGCAUGAGAGAGACAACAUUUGCAACAACGAGAUUGCUGAGGCUUGCAUCACGUGACAGUGAGGGACGUCGACGCCUUUGAGCAGGCAUUCAUCCAGCCGUGGAUAGAUAAUGACUGGUGAUAUUUUGUGACAUAUAUAAACAAUAAAACGGCUAAUCUGGUAUGUGUCCGGAUAUCUCCUUCUACUCGACCAUUGCCACCCAUUUUAACCAUUGAGUUAUUUGAAAAGCAAAUGAUUUGUAGUCUUUGCUUACCGAACAUUUACAAUGACUCUGCGCGUGAUGUUGGCAAUAUUUGUUUUAAACAUACAACGGACAGGUGUACAUACCGUUGGUGUCUCUUUUGUAAUUGUUACAUUGGCCUCGCGAACCUACCGUUUAACGCAAUCGUGUUAGAUGUGUAUUAUUACAGUAUAUUAUACUCAACAAAUACUGGCUCGAGUUACGUAAUUAAAAUUAAUCAGACGUAUCAACUUAAAAGCAUCACAUCACUGGUUAGUGAAUAAACUCCCUCGAAGUAAUAAUGGAUAACCAUUUAUCUCAACGGGCUGCCAACGAGUGUAAUAUGAAUGCAUAGAGGGUAAUGCACAUGGCAGCUUAAAUGCAAAUACAAGCGUCUACGGGGUCGAGCGGUGGCACAGUGGUUAGCGCACUGCACUACGAACACAGAUUACCGGCUACGGAUAACAUCAGUGGCGUGUGAUGUUUUGACUGAUCCUGAGACCACUGCUUACCAGUGCGGUAAAGGAAGGUCGAAAAACGCCCGAGAGCGACAUGGCGUCCAGCAAUGGAUUGACAAAGGACCGCACACUAUUAUUUGUCUUUUGAUGAGCAAUAUACACAUGACAGAUGUGAGCUUUUAGCUCGUUUAAAUAUAGAUGCACGCUUCUCCUUAUCAGGCCAGGCUUACAAGUGCAAAUUUAUGCAAAAUGUAUAGUGUGGGGGCUUCCUGUGGCGAGAUGUUAACUCUCUACCCUACUAGACAGGAGAUCGUGGUUUCGAUCCAGGGCCUGACGCCUGUAUAUUUGGAGUUUGUAUGUUCUCCCCGUGGUCGCGUGGAUUUUUCUCCGGAUCCUCUGGGUUUUCCCUCCAAAUUUAGAAUCAACAUCACGCAUUUAGAGUAUUUGGCUGCUAUUGAUCUUCACAUGAUAAGCCACUUUGUUGAGCGAUCGUUUGUUGCCAGAUCGCUGCUGAAAAAAUGGCUAUAUAGCUCAGUGUGCCUUACCUGCUAAAAUAAAAAAUAUAUAGUUUAAUAGUUUAUAUCCGUGACCUCCUAAGUGACCCGAAGGAAAUCACAAUUGCCCUGUUCUCAACCACCGUGUCCCAUCAAGACCCGUUCUGAACCACGCUCUCCCAUCAACACAACCGUUAAAGGUCCCUCGCGAGUGGCUGACCUUAUCCUUGGGCGAUGUGAAGUUUUAUUCGUAUAAUUGGACAUAAUAAAGCAUACAUCGCGCAUCAUAUAUCAAAUCAGAUGUGUAUAUUGCACACACACUGCUUGAAAUGGAGGGAGGAUAUAAUUCACAAUUAGGUACAUUAUUGUGAUUUCGUUGGGACGAACAUUUGUUACUAUCAUCAUCAUCAGUCAUGAUCUAUCUACUGUUGGAUGAAGGCUUGCCCAAGCCUGUGACAAACAUUUUGAGCGAUGUUUACGCACCGGCCCAUCUCAUUUAAGGUUAAUUCGACCUUGGAUAGUCCCAAGAAAGGACCGGUUUGUAUAAUCACCGUCGCUGUGAAUAUAAUUCAGGUCACGGGGUUCACACACACACAUCGUUAAAUGCGUACAUGCGUGCAUGCUUAAAUUAGAUUGUUGAAUACUAUGGCGGUCGGCUACGGUUCAGAUCAUAUACAUAUUUAAAUCUCUUUUGUAAGUGCUGCGUAUUAAAAAAUAUUCGAUAAUUUAGAAAAUAUUUGCCUUCGUAAUUGCCUUCGUAAUUGCUUCAUUAUCUGAUGCUGUUGUUAAUGCAUUGUACUGGGGGGUGUCCUUGUAUACUAUCACCACAAUGCCUUAAAUUUAAUUAAUAAAUACAACCCUUAUUGA